AUGGAACCUUUCUCCUUUAACUCUCCCGGGUUUGUUAACCUAUUAGCUUCACAGAGUAGUCCACCAAUAGACGUUGACUCUGCUGAGGCAGCUGGUAACUCGCCCGGGUUAGUUAAACCAUUGGAAAGGAGAAAGUGGGGACCCAAAGAAGACCUUGUGCUCAUCAGCGCUUGGUUGAACACGAGCACGGAUCCCAUAGUCAGUAAUGAGCAGAAGGCAUGGGCGUUUUGGAAGAGAAAAGAGGAGUAUUUCAACUCAAGCCCUCAGCUCAUUGGCUCCGUUCCUAGAGAAUGGGGUCAAUGUAAGCAGAGGUGGGGAAGGGUGAAUGAGCAGGUGUGCAAGUUUGUGGGUUGCCAUGAAGCCACUUUGAAGGAGCAAGCGAGUGGCCAAAAUGAGAAUGAUGUCAUGAAAGCUGCACAUGGCAUCUUCUUAAAUGACUAUCAUGUCAAGUUCACACUUGAACAUUGCUGGAGGGAGCUGAGGUUUGAUCAGAAAUGGAGAUCACACUCGUUGUCGAAAGAUGGUGCAAAGGAGAAGAGGGAGGAAGCAGGUCCGGAGGUGGUGGCUGACGAUGAAGAGGUUAGGCCUCCUGGUGUUAAGGUCCUAAAGCAGAGCUAUUUGCUGAACGUCAAGAAUCCACCAGGAAAGAUGUCGAAUGGCCUUUUGGAGUAUUGCAAUCGAGUAGAGAACGAACGACACGGAUACACUCAAAUUGAUACAUCUGAGUUCGAGUCAGGAGAGUCAAGCAGAAGUUCCAAGGUGAAAAGGAGAACAAGUAUUCAUGUCGGUAAUAUGUUAGGCAUUCGCAAUGAAGUUCGAGAUUCAGAGAAACAUGAUCGUUUGAAAGCUGAUUUAAUGGAAAAUGUAUUGCAAAAGUUUGGUAAUGUAGAUGAAUAA